CUUGAGAUUCUGUUGAUGCCGCCUCGAAGCGAGCGGUCCUGGGCACUCAUAGCAAGACCGGAGAGCAUUUAAAGACCUUGAUGUGGCCCCGUAAUUCUUCUUUUCCUCACGCUCUCCAGUGAUCUCCUACCCAGCUCACCUACAGAGAAAUCCCACAACUUCUGCAAUCAUGGCUAUUCCCGACGAGGUCGACAUCAUUGUGUGCGGAGGUGGUUCUUGCGGAUGUGUGAUUGCCGGUCGUCUCGCCAACCUCGACCCGAAACUGAAGGUCCUCCUUCUCGAGGCCGGUGAGAACAACAUCAACAACCCAUGGGUUUACAGGCCGGGAAUCUUCCCCCGGAACAUGAAGCUGGACUCCAAGACCGCCAGUUUCUACCAGGCACAACCGAGUGAGCAUCUCCUCGGUAGAGCCCCCAUCGUCCCCUGCGCCAAUGUUCUCGGUGGAGGGUCUUCGAUCAACUUCAUGAUGUACACCCGAGCUUCGGCCUCGGACUACGAUGACUUCCGGACUCCCGGCUGGACCACUAAGGAGCUUUUGCCGUUGAUGCGCAAGCAUGAAACUUACCAGAGGCCUUCCAACAACCGUGAACUCCACGGAUUCGAGGGACCCAUCAAGGUCUCUUUCGGCAACUACACCUACCCGAUGAUGCAGGAUUUCCUCCGCGCCGUCGAGACUCAGGGCAUUCCCGUCACCGACGAUCUUCAAGAUCUCGAGACCGCUCACGGAGCGGAGCACUGGCUCAAGUGGAUCAACAGGGACACUGGACGCCGCAGCGACUCGGCUUCUGCCUACAUCCACAGCACCAUGCGAAACAAGGGCAACCUCUACCUGCUGUGCAACACUAAGAUCGACAAGAUCCUUUUCGAGGGUAACCGCGCAGUUGGAGUCAGGACCAUCCCCACCAAGCCCGUCGGCGGUACCAACAACCAAGAGGCCAAGAUCUUCCGCGCCAGGAAGCAGAUCGUCGUCUCGUGCGGAACCCUCAGUUCGCCACUUGUCCUUCAGCGCUCCGGUAUUGGUGCCACCGAGACUCUCCGCGCUGCCGGUGUUAAGCCCUUCAUCGAUCUCCCCGGUGUCGGUCAAAACUUCCAGGACCACUACCUGACAUUCUCGGUCUUCCGCGCAAAGCCCGACACCGAGACUUUCGACGACUUCGUCCGUGGCGACCCAGUUGUCCAGAAGAAGGUCUUCGACGAAUGGAACGCCACCGGUGGCGGUCCUCUGUCGACCAACGGAAUCGAAGCAGGAGUCAAGAUCCGACCCACCGAGCAGGAACUGGUCGACAUGGGCCCCGAGUUCCGCGAGGGAUGGAACUCCUACUUCAAGAACAAGCCCGACAAGCCUGUCAUGCACUACUCGCUUAUCUCCGGAUUCUUCGGUGACCACAUGCAGAUCCCUCCCGGAAAGUUCUUCUCCAUGUUCCACUUCCUGGAGUACCCGUUCUCUCGCGGUUACACCAAGAUCACUUCCGCCAACCCCUACGCCAUGCCCGAGUUCGAUGCCGGUUUCAUGAACGACUCCCGAGACAUGGGCCCCAUGAUCUGGUCGUACAAGAAGUCCCGAGAGACCGCGCGCCGCAUGGACUGCUACGCCGGCGAGGUGACCUCCCUGCACCCCACGUUCCGCUACGACUCCACUGCGCGAGCGGAGGACCUGUCGCUCGAAGACACCCUCAAGUACGCCGGCAAGGAUCACAUCACCGCUGGAAUCUACCACGGCUCCUGGGCGACCAAGUCGUCCAAGACCGCCGACCCCGAUGCCAACCACCUCAACAGCAAUCAAGUUUCUGUCCGCGGCGACUUGAAGUACAGCAAGGAGGACGACCUCGCCAUCGACGAGUGGGUCCGCCGCCACGUCGAGACCACCUGGCACUGUCUGGGUACCUGCUCGAUGGCUCCCCGCGAGGGUAACGAGAUCGUCAAGCACGGUGUCUUGGACCCGCGCCUGAACGUCCACGGAACCAAGGGCCUCAAGGUUGCCGAUCUGUCCAUCUGCCCCGACAACGUCGGCUGCAACACCUACUCGACCGCGCUGUUGAUCGGAGAGAAGGCGGCCAUGCUCGUUGCCGAGGACCUCGGAUACUCCGGCGACGCCCUCAAGAUGACAAUCCCUACUUGGCACAACGGAACUUACGAGACGACCGGCUUGGCCCGUCUUUAGGCUUUCCACCACCACCGCCACCAAGCCAUCAUCAUCUUCGCGUCUUUUCUUUUCUUUCUGGGUCAAUAGUUUUUUGUUGUUUCCGCGUAUGCAGUACUCCUCGGGAAGAGGGGUUUGUUGGGAUUUAAGGGUUUCAUUCAUGGUUCAUGUGGGUUACGAUAUUUUUACGACUGUCUUUUGCUGGUUUUGUUAGCCUUUCGAUUCGAUUGUUCAUAGCUUUUUCUUCCUUUUACUUCAGAAUAUGCCUUUGUUUAUGAUAGCAAAUAUGACUGUUUAUUCUUCAUG